ACGAUGGCAGAACAAGAAGUGUACGGCGGCCGCCUCUCGACGGGCCCCCUGCCCGUCGACAAGGCCGGAUCGUACCUCCCACACACCAGCGGCGCCGAACAAGAUCUCUACGGCUCCCGUUUUGGCACCAGCUUCGAAAAGGCCCGACAGCAUAUCCCGCAUGUAGGACAGACCAAAGGCACAGCUGCAGAGCAGGACCUCUACGGCUCCCACUUCUCCGGCCACACCCAGUCCUCGACCGCCGCGGCACUAGGCCUCCUCCAAUCUGCCGCUCUCCCAUCCUUUACUUUCCACGCAGCAUUUUCUACAAUCGCGUACGGUAUUUCCCGCUACACGGAUCGCGCUGAAGGCAAAGACUGGCUUUGGCCUGCCGGCAUGACCCUCAAUGCAUGGUAUAGCGCUAUUGGCACCAAGGUUCUCCACGACGGUCUCUCUUGCUCCACGGCAUGGUCUACACUCAGCUACUCAGAGAAACUGCUUCUCGGUGGUGUUACUGCCUGGGGUGUUCGUCUGUUCCACCGGAUCGCGACUCGUGGUGUUGCACGUGGCAAGGACGACCCGCGCUACGAUGCGCUCAAGAAGGACCCCGGAUUUUGGAACAAGUCGCUCUUCACCAUGUUCUUACCUGAGGCUGCAGUGCAGACGCUCAUCUCGUUGCCGUUCGUGCUGCCCUUCCGCAAGACCGCUGAGAGCAUUGCUGCUUCGCCCGUGACCACGGAACGCGGCUGGUACCACGCGCUGGCCGUCUUCCUCUUCUCGGCCGGUUUCGCGAUGGAAGUCCUCGCUGAUAAGCGACUUGCUUCCCACAAGAAGAAGGGCGACAUUGGUGUUUGCCGCGACGGAGUCUGGAGCGUUGUUAGACACCCUAACUAUCUCGGCGAUGCCCUCAUCCACUUCUCGUUCCCUGUACUCCUUCUGGGCGCCGGCCUUUUCCACCCGCUCGCUGCCCUCGGCCCUAUCACAAACUACAUCUUCCUCCGCUUUAUUGGCGGCGACCGUGAAAACGAGCAAACCCAGGCCGAGCGCUACGCCAAGGAAGACCCGAUCAAGGCGCAGCAGUUCGCUGAGUACCGUUCUGAGAAGAACAGUUUCUGGCCUAGCAUCAAGGAGCUCAGCAACAAGUGGACCUGGGCUGUUGCUCUAGCUGGCGCUGGUGGUGUUGUUCUUGAAAGAGGGCUCCGGUCUGCCUUUGCUUAGGCUAACUGCUCCGAAUGAUGGAGCUUGGACUUUGAAUUUGGAUUGUACUGUAUAC